GGAAGCAGCCUACCAGUCUUCAGACCAAAAGUAGACAAGACCACAUGCAGGUAACUUUUAGGCGAUGCCGAGCUCCUUUCCUCGACCCUCCUUCUGCUCCAUCUUGUAAGCAGACAUGGAAGCAGCAGCAGACGAGGAGAGGCCCCUGCUACAUCUGCAACCGCUGCUUAAUCAGGUUCAGAAUACACCAGCGAUGGAUCUGUUGACAUCAACAAUUAGCCUGCUCUGAAGCACAACACAGGCAAUUGGAGGGCGUGCUACAUGAUUUUAGGCGUCGAGUUUUGCGAAUGCGUCGCCUUCUUUGCAAUCGCGUCCAACUUGGUGACCUACCUCACCACGGUGCUCCACGAAAGCAAGGUCGCCGCCGCGCGGGAUGUCUCUGCCUGGGUUGGCGCAUGCUUCCUCGCGCCACUUAUUGGGGCCUUCUUGGCUGACACAUAUCUGGGAAGAUACUGGACGAUGGUUGUUUCCCUUCCGGUCUACACCAUUGGGAUGCUCGUGCUCACGGUCUCAGCAUCAGUCCCGACAUCCUACUACCAUGGUGAUGUUCAUCAUGCUGUGGUGGUGUACCUAGGACUUUAUCUUGCCGGGCUUGGGAGCGCUGGCAUCAAACCCUGCGCGUCGGCCUUCGGUGCCGACCAGUUCGACAGCGGGGACCUGACAGAGCUGGAGAAGAAGGGCUCCUUCUUCAACUGGUACUACUUCCUGCUCAAUCUCGGCUCCCUUCUGUCGAGCACACUGCUUGUUUGGCUGCAGGACAAUGGUUGGUGGGGGCUUAGUUUCGCGAUCCCAACGGUGCUCAUGGCCUUGGGCCUAGCAGUGUUUGUUGGUGGCUCCAGAGUGUACAGGUUCAGGAAACUGAGAGCAAGCCCAUUCACGAGCAUCUGUCAGGUGCUCGUUGCGGCCAUCAGGAAGUGGCAUGUGCAACUGCCAGAUGAUAUAUCGUCCUUGUACGAGCCGACCAGUUCGUCAUCAGCACCUGAAUCAAGUCACAAUAUUCAGCAUACGAAUCAAUUCAGGUUUCUAGACAAGGCUGCCGCGGUGCUGCCCCCGUUAGACAAGACAUGCACGGCGUUGCCGAUGUGUUCAUGGAGUUUCUGCACAGUGACCCAAGUUGAGGAGCUGAAGAUACUGCUACGGAUGUUACCCGUCUGGGCGUCGUUCGUGAUCUUCUACUCAGUCGCUGGGCAGAGCGCAUCGACAUUUAUCGAGCAGGGGAUGGUCAUGGACAACCACGUCGGCCAGUUCGCAAUCCCACCUGCCUCCCUCUCUAUUGUCAGCGUGUUCAGCGUCCUUAUUGGGGUUUUCAUCUACGAAUCCGUGCUAGUGCCACUCGUGCGGCGUUAUACCGGCAAGGCGAAGGGCUUCUCGCAGACGCAGCGCCUAGGAAUUGGCUUUGCACUGUCCAUGCUGACCAUGGUGUACUCAGCAAUGCUUGAGAUGAAAAGGCUGGCCAUCGCGCAAGCCAGUGGCCUGGCAGACCAGAAUGUGCCUGUGCCAGUGAGCAUUCUGUGGCAAGUUCCUGCAUAUGUCAGCAAUGCUUGACACGUCUCCGGUCAAUAACCAAUAGCGGGACCUGGAUGCCCAUAUUGGCUCCUACAUAUUCUACGAAGAUCUUUAUCGGUCAGACCGCAUAAGAAUAUACGUUGUUCCCUUUGUCA